ACGAUGCUGCUUCUACAAUUAUUAUCAAGCUAAGAUGGGGGACGCAGUGACAACCACUCUGUUGCUGAGUGACUGGGAACGCUAUGGGCUCUCGGAACGUGUGUUAUCAUUUUGAUCUGACAGAAGCUCUGGGUUCUUCCUCCGAACAAGCACAACAACCACCCCAUGAAGCUCCACCACUGCCACCAGCACAGCCACCACGUUCCAAUCCAGAAGGAUGCAAUGCCAGUGUGGACAUCACUACCCAGGAUCGCCACGCCACCACUCCACCCAACCCCAAUGAUUCCAGUGCCGAUGAAGCUGCCGUCGCCACCUGGUUUCAAGAACAAGUCCGAGUUGACUUUGAGGGCUCAAUCUAUAAAACCGUAGAGCUGAUUGAAAACAGCUUCAGAAAGCUUCUGUGCCGGUGUGCUGUUUUGAGAUUUUAGUCGCUUCAAGUACUGGCGUCAUGGUGACGCUUUAACGUUUGCCCCUCGCCGAAACCAUUUCAGUUGCCAUCGCUCACA